AUGGACAAGAGAUCAUAUUUAAAUGCACAUUAUCUAGCUGCUGGAGUUGAACAAUGUUUAGAUGAUCAUCAUUUCUUACGAUAUAGUCAUGAAACAAUAAGUGGUCAGGAAACACAAUUAAAUCGAAUUUUACGUGCGCUUAAUCAGGAUGAAAUUGCUCUUAAUUGGUAUAUUGAUACAACUCCUAUUGAUAGAGCACGAUCACGAUCAGCUUAUAAAUUUGAACGACCAGUUUAUCCAGGAAGUAUCGCUUAUGAACGUCUUCGAGAUAGGGAACGAGAAGCUUUAAAAAAACGACCAUCAUCAUAUGUACCAUCUCAACGUACUUCUAGAUAUCAAUCAAGAUUAAGUGAACAACGUGAUCGUUCAUCACCAAUAGAUUCUACAGCUGAACAACGAGCUUUAGCUAAAAAAAAUCAAAAAUCAAUUCAAGAAGAUAUUAUAAGACAAAAUGAAUUAAAUUCAUUUACUGUUCGUUAUGAAGAAUUACCAGUAGUGAAUAAAGGUUCAAACGAUCAAGAUUCUUUAGGUUAUAUGGUAUGUGAAUGGGCAUUACCAAAUUCAGCAUCUAAACUUAAAUAUUGUUCAAUUGAACGUCAAUUAGAUAAUGAAGAAUGGUUACCUAUUGAAGAGAAUAUUGAUCAAUCAAAUAAUCAAGUUCAAUUCAACAUUUCAUCCUUACUUUCGAAUGCUAAAGAUGAAAAUAUUUCAUCUUCACUUUCAAAAGGUAAAAAUGAAAAUGAUUCAUCCUUAUCUCCAGAUGGUAAAAAUGGAAAUGGUUCAACCUUACUUUCGAAUGAUAAAAAUGGAAAUAGUUCGUCCUCACCUUCAAAUGCUAAUAAUGGAAAUAAUUCAUCUUUACCUUCGAAUAAUAAAAAAGGAAAUGGUUCAUCCUCAUCUUCUAAUGGUAAAGAUGGAAAUAAUUCAUCUGUACCUUUAAAUGAUAAAAAUGGAAAUAAUUUACCCUCACUUUCGAACGAUAAAAAUGAAAACGGUUCAUCGUUACCUUCGAAUGAUAAAGAUGGAAAUGGUGCAUCCUUACUUUCGAAUGAUAAGAAUAAAAAUAAUUCACCGUCACUUAAGAAAGGUAAGAGUGGAAAUGACUCAUCCUUACCUUUGAAUGAUGAAAAUGGAAAUGAUGCAUCCUCACCCUCGGAUAAUAAAAACGCAACUACUUCAUCCUUACCUUUGAAUGAUAAGAAUGGAAAUAGUUCAUCCAUACCUUCGAAUGAUAAAAACGACAAUAGUUCAUCUGUACCUUCGGAUGAUAUAAAAGGAAAUGAUACAUCCUUACUUUCAAAUGAUAAAAAUGAAAAUAAUUUAUCAUUACUUUCUAAUGGUGAGAAUGGAAAGAAUUCAUCCUCACUUUCGAAAGGUGAGAGUGAAGAUAAUUCAUCCUUACCCACGAAUGAUAAAAAUGCAACUAAUUCAUUCUUACUCUCGAAUGAUAAAAAUGGAAACGGUACAUCGUUACCUUCGAAUGAUAAAGAUGGAAAUGGUUCAUCUUUACUUUCGAACGAUAAAAAUGAAAAUAAUUCAUCUGUACCUUCUAACCCUUUGAAGACCGGUGGUACAUGUGCUGCACUACAUACCUGGAGGGGAAUCCCACCUAAAAACAAAAUUAGUCCUGAAAGGGCUAAUGGUAUAACUGAAAAUGAUUCAUCCGUACCUUUGAAUGAUAAAAAUGAAAAUGAUGCAUCCUCACCCUUGAAUAAUGAAAAUGCAACUACUUCAUCCUUACCUUCCAAUGAUAAGAAUGGAAAUAAUUCAUCCUUACCCUCGACUGAUAAAAAUGAAGAUGGUUUAUCCUUACUUUCGAACGAUAAAAUCGAAAAUAAUUCAUCCUUACUUUCAAAUGGUAAAAAUGAAGAUAGUUCGUCCUUACUUUCGAAUGCGGAAAGUGGAAAUACUUCAUCUUUACCUACGAAUACUGAAGAUGAAAAUGAUUCAUCCUUACUUUUAGAUGAUGAAAAUGGAAAUGGUUCAACACGUUUUCGUUUAAAAGCUUGUUUCGAUGAUGGAAAAAUAUUUACAAGUAACCCAACAGAUGAAAUCGAUGUUGAAUUAUUAGCAAAUACUCGUGUUAUAACACCUAAUAUUGAAAUUCUUUCAGCUAAUUCUGUUCAAUUAACAUGGAAAAAUGAUGAAAAUAAAAAAGCAAAUAUGUAUGAUAUUGAAAAAAAAGAAGGACAACAAGUAGAAUGGGAAAAAGUUUUAAGAGUUCCAUUUUCACGUGGUGUAGCUCAAAUAAAUAAUUUAAUUGACGCUCAACAAUGUCAAUUUCGUUUAGUACCAUCAAAAUCAGAUGAUGAAGAUGAAUCAGAUGUCUUAACUGUACAUAAUGUUAAUGAAUUACUUCGUUCAUUACAUCUUGAACCAACAUCAUCCGAUACAGUUAAUAUUAAUAUUUCAGAAGAAGGUUUCAUAGAAUUUGAUCAAUAUAAAGUUGAAUAUACAACAAUUGAUCAACUUGAUCAAUGGAAACAAGUUUCAAAUAUAACACGUGAAACUCCUCAUUUAACUGUUGACAAACUUAAACCAGGACUUGAUUAUAAAUUUCGUUUGACACCAUUUUUACGUGGAACAGCAGCAAUAGAUGAAGCAGUUUCUUCUCAACUUUCACUUGUUCUCGAUGUCAAAAUGCCAACAACACGCAGAGGACGAUUGGUUAAAAAUGAAGUUAAAACAACAGCGCCUCCUUCUCAAUUUGCUGUUCAUCAAACUGAUCCAAAAACUGUUUUUAUUGAAGCAAUUCUUCCAACGAAUAAACCAGCUUUAUUCGAAGAUGUUUUUGAUGUUUAUUCGAAAAAAGAAACAGCUGAUAGUGAAUGGAUAAAAAUUGGAACAAUUGAUAAAGAUCAUUUAAGUAUGACUAUGAAAAAUCUAGAAGAAAAUACAGGUUAUACAUUUAAAAUUCAUAAUCAAACAUCACCAUUAUCAGAUGAACAAAAUAAUAUUGUACAAGAAUUUAAUUUUGAAACACAAUCAGUAAAACUGUAUGAUCCAUCGAUAUUUUUAGAGAAAAUUCAUCGAAAUCUAGAAACUGUUGUUAAUAAUGUUAUGGAAGCAGCUGCUGGUCAUCAGGCACUUGACGGUCCGGUAAAUAAAACUUUAAAUCAAGUUAUUCGAGAUAUUUUUCUUGAUGAAAAUCUUAUACCAAAUGAACAAUAUGGUUUUGAUACAUUAGCAUUAAGUGAUGAUUUUCAAUUAUUUCGUGGUCCUACACAAAUGAUGGCACAAGAAUUAGAGUUGAAUAAAGUAAGUGAAUUAUCGAAAAAUGAUGGCGAAAUUAUUAUACAUAAUUAUGGACCGAGUGAUCGUCAGCAACAACCAGUUAUUGUACGUGAAGAAAAUGGUAAUACACGUAUUGGACAUGUUGAUGGUGAUGUUAUUAUACGUAAUGUUAAUACCGAUGUUUUAUUAACAAAUGAUGAAAAACGUAAUCAAUUAUCAAUGAAUAUUGUUGGACAAGCUUUUUUGAAACGCGUUCAAGGAACAUUAAUUAUAUCAAAAUUUAAAGGCAUUAUUGUUGUGAAACAUGUAGAUAAACCAUAA